AUGUCCCUCGGCCACCGGUUGCCAUCCCUCGCAGUGACGCUGAUGCUCCUGCUGCCCGUGUGCCCGGCUGUCCGUCCCGCUCCCUACCCAUCCUUCUUGUUCCCCAACUCCACCUUCAACCAUCUGGCCCGUGCCCGAGAUACGGGGACGCUGUAUGUGGGUGCCGUCAACGCCUUAUUCCAACUGAGCCCCGAGCUCAGUCUGGCGGAGCACGUCGCCACUGGGCCGGCCAACGACAGCCCCGAGUGCCUUCCUUUCCGGGACCCCCACGAUUGCCCCCAGGCGCGGUCCACAGACAACUCCAACAAGCUGCUCCUGCCCAACGAGCGUGCCGGGGAGCUGGUGGUCUGCGGGCAGCUCUUCCAGGGAGUGUGCGAGAAGAGAGCCCUGGCGAACAUCUCCAAAGUGCUGUACCGCCCUGAGGAUCCCGGUGACAGCCAGUUCGUGGCGGCCAACGAGCCGCGGGUCUCCACCGUGGGCCUGGUGGGCCAGCACGCCGGCCGGGACCUGCUCUUCGUGGGGCGCGGGCUGACCGCCAAGCUCUCCGGGGGGAUCCCACCGUUCACCAUCCGGCAGCUGGAAGGGCCCCAGGCCUUCUCCAACGAGGGCAUGGGCAAGCUGGUGGUGGGCGACUUCUCAGACUACAACAACACCUACGCCGGCGCCUUCGCUUCCGGGGACCACGUCUACUUCCUGUUCUCCCGGCGAGGGGCAAAGGCCCAGAUGGAGUACCGGGCCUACCUCUCUCGGAGCUGCAUGGAGGACACCAACCUUUACUCCUACGUGGAGCUUCCCUUAGAGUGCCGGGACGCCAAGGGGCGCGUUUACAACCUGGCCCGGGCCGUGCAUUUGGCCUCCCGGUUCCCGGGCGAAGGGGCCAUGCUCUUCGUCGUCCUGGCCGCCGGGCAGGGCUCCACCGCCUCCCCGACGGCCCAGACGGCCCUGUGCGCCUUCAGCUUAAGCGAGGUCGACACCGCCAUGGAGCGGACACGGCACCUGUGCUACACCUCUGCUGGGAAGGGCCCCGCCGGGAAGGAGGAGGCGGCUAUCGAGUACGGCGUGACCUCCCAGUGCAACUUGCUCCCCAAGGAGUCCCCCGAGGCUUACCCCUGCGGCGACGAGCACACCCCUAGCCCCAUUGCCAGCCGGGUGCCGGUGGUCGCCGAAGCCCUUCUGACCACCGUAUCGAGGCUGACGGCUGUGGCCGCCAUGGUAGAAGCAGGCCACACGAUCGCCUUUCUCGGGGACGGCAUUGGCCGGCUGCAUAAGGUUUACCUGAACGGUUCCAUGGCUCAGGUCUACAACACACUAUUCUUGGGCCAGCGCUCUCCAGUCAACCCAGACCUGCUGCUAGAUGGAAGCAGGACCCACCUUUAUGUGAUGACAACCUCACAGGUCGCCAAAGUCCCAGUUUCAGAAUGCCCCCACUUCCAGGACUGUGACUCGUGCCUGCGUGCCCAAGACCCUUUCUGCGGUUGGUGCGUCCUGCAAAGCAGAUGUACCCGCAAGUUGGAAUGUGAGCGCCACGAGGUGGCCAAUCACUGGCUCUGGAGCUACGGAGCGGAGAGCCAAUGUCUGCGAGUGGAACAGAUGUCCCCGGCCAAUCGGAGCAGAGAAGAGCGGACGGAGGUCUCCAUGCUGGUCCCCGGGCUCCCUGCCCUGGCCGAGGGGGAGAAUUAUCACUGUGCCUUUGGGUCUCAAGACAGCCCGGCCCGGCUUAAUGGUUCCUGGGUUCACUGCUUCUCGCCGGUUCCCCAGCAGGUGCCGCCCACCGAGGAGGGCAAAGAUCAUGUGACUGUGGCGUUAGCCUUGAUGUUCCGGGAUGUGGUGGUAGCCUCCGCAGGGUUCACGUUCUACGACUGCGGCGCAGUGAGCCAGCUUGCCGACGCGACGCCGUGUGGACAAUGCGUCGGCAGCCCGUGGCUGUGCCAUUGGUGCCCGUCCAGUCACCGGUGUGUCCCUGGUGCGCCCUGCCCGAAUGGUGAGGGGCCCAUCUACAAUCAGAAGGUGCCCACCGAAGACCCCCAAGGCCCUGCCUCAUGCCCUGGUGUGGAGAUUGCCGCCGAGUCCCACUUGGUUCCUGUGGGUGUCGAAAUGCCGCUGAGCCUGGUUGCCUGGAAUCUGCACUUGCUGGGGGGUUCAGAGAGGCUCUCCUGUGUGCUGGAAGUGGAGGAGACCCUGGUCGUGGUGCCAGCAUCAUUGGAGGAAGGGGACCGAGGAACCUCACGUCGUGUGCAGUGCCUGCCCCGGAUCUACAGUUACACCCAACCCUCUCCAGAGCUCCACGUCCCCCUCUAUGUCUUGGUGGGGGAUGACCAGCGCCUCGAUAGCCGCGGAGACCUGCAUGUGAAACUAUAUAAUUGUUCUGCCGGCCGUUCUGACUGCAGCCGCUGCAAAGCUGCUCCCAGCCACUUCCGCUGUGUCUGGUGCCUGCUGGGAGAGGCGCCCAGCUGCAUCUACAAGGAUCUGUGUCCCACCAAAGCUGCCAUGCUGACUUGCCCAUCGCCCGUCAUCCACUCGAUCAGUCCCCUCAACGGGCCCUUCGAGGGAGGCACGUCUCUCACGGUGAUUGGGUCCAACCUGGGCCAUCGUUUUGAGGACGUGGCUGACACCGUGACGGUGGCCAACCUGCUGUGUGUCCCUGAUCCAUCCCUGUAUCUCGUCUCUACUCGGAUUGUUUGUGAUGUACCCCCAGGAAAACGAGGGUUAACCGGCCCUGUCGAGGUCACGGUCGGGGACCGCCCGCCAGGGGUUUCCGCCAGCAACUUCACCUACCAGGACCCCACACUUCUUGACAUACACCCCCACCUCGGCCCCAUUGCCGGAGGUACUCGGCUCACCAUCACUGGGGAAGAACUUUUGACGGGCACGGAGAUCGCUGCCUAUGUUGGGGACCUGCCUUGCCUCCUCGAGGAGCCCGUGGAGCCGCGGGCGAUCGUCUGCCGUACCAGUGCCAGCGCCAGAACCCGGGAGGUACCCGUCAAGGUCCAGUACGGCACAGUGCAACGCCAGCUGUGGAAGAUGUUCCGCUAUGCGGUGAAUCCCCAGCUCACCGGGGCAUUCCCAUCCACUAGUUUUCACGGAGGCGGACGGAUCAUCUACGUCGAGGGGAUUGACUUGGACGUGGUGCAGCAGCCGCUCAUCAAAGCGGUCCUGGAACCGGAGGAGGAGGCGGCGAGCGGGGCCGGUCGGAGGAAACGAGCCUGCGAUCUCUCGCCCGGCCCUCAGGCCUUGCUGAACCCAGCUCCCCGCCCUUGUGUGGAGGUGGGAAACCUGCUGGAGUGCUGGGAACCUUGCUGCACCAACUCGUCCACUCUGCUCCUCUGCCCAUCGCCUGCUGUGCCUUCCAGUGCCCGUUUGCACCACAUCCGUUUUGAACUGGACGGGCUCCACGUCCCCUUCAUCAAUGCCACCGGAGGCCAAGACUUCACUUACAACCCCAAUCCCCAGCUGCGCUGGCCGGGCCGGGACUCCAGCGGCCGCCCCUUCAGUCUCAAACCGGGCAAUGUUUUGGACAUAGAGGGAGAAGGCCUGACCCUUGGCAUCAGCAAGGAAGAAGUGUCGGUCAUCAUCGGCAACAGCAUCUGCACCGUCAAGACCCUCACCCUGACCCAUUUAUACUGUGAGCCCCCCCUGCAGCCCCCGCAACCGCUCAACACUUCUUCUGUGCUGCCGGAAUUCAUUGUGCAGAUGGGAAACUUGCGUCUGGAUCUCGGCCGAGUCCAGUAUGACACGGAGCCCCCCUCCCGCUUCCCCCCCGAAGCCAAGAUCGGGUUGGUGGUGGGCGCGGCAGUGCUGGCUUUUGUGGUGUUGCUCCUCAUCCUAAUGUACAGACGGAAGAGCAAGCAGGCCCUGCGUGAUUACAAGAAAGUCCUGGUGCAGCUGGAGAACCUGGAGAUCAGCGUGGGAGACCAGUGUCGCAAGGAAUUCACAGACCUGAUGACGGAAAUGACCGACCUGAGCGGAGAGCUGGAGGGCUCCGGGAUCCCCUUCCUGGACUACAGCACCUACGCCCAGCGAGUCUUCUUCCCCGGUCAGGGGGUUGCCCUCUUACGGCGGGGGCUGGAGCUUCCCGAGGGCCGGCGCACCACGGUGGAGCAGGGCCUGAGCCAACUCUCCAAUCUGCUGAACAGCAAAGUCUUCCUGCUGACGUUAAUCCGGACCCUGGAGGCCCAGCCGACCUUCUCGCAGAGGGAUCGCUGCCACGCGGCGUCCCUGCUCUCUUUGGCACUUCAUGGGCGCCUGGAGUACCUGACGGACAUCAUGCAGACCCUGCUGAGCGAUCUCGUUGCCCACUGCGUUGCCCGCAACCCAAAGCUCAUGCUUCGCAGGACAGAGACCAUGGUGGAGAAGCUCCUCACCAACUGGAUGUCCAUCUGCCUCUACUCCUAUCUCAGGGAAGUGGCCGGUGAGCCCCUCUACAUGCUGUUCCGGGCCAUCAAGUACCAGGUGGACAAAGGGCCGGUGGACGCCGUGUCAGGCAAGGCCAAGCGGACGCUGAACGACAGCCGCCUGUUGCGGGAAGACGUGGAGUUCCGCCCCCUCACCCUGACCGUCUUAGUGCGCGGGGGUGGCCCUGGCGGCAGCGAGACCCAGCGGAUCCCUGCCCGGGUCCUCGACACGGACACCAUCACCCAGGUGAAGGAGAAGAUCGUGGACCAGGUGUACAAGGGGGUACCUUUCUCCCAGCGCCCCUCUGUGCACUCCCUUGACUUAGAGUGGCGAUCGGGAGUGGCUGGCCAUCUAACGCUCUCUGAUGAGGACCUGACCUCCAUCGCCCAAAAUCAGUGGAAGAAACUCAACACCCUGCAACAUUACAAGGUUCCAGACGGGGCCACCGUCAGCCUCAUCCCCCGCCUUCACAAUGACAUCUCCCAAGGCACGUGCCAGAGCUAUUUCUCCGGAGAAAAUACCCCAAUGCUGGAAGACGGAGAGGAGGGCGGAGUCCGCCUCUGGCACCUGGUGAAGCCCUCCGAGGAGCCGGAGCUCACAAAACAGACGCAAGAACGGCGGAGCAGCCUCCGAGAACGGGCCAAGGCGAUUCCCGAGAUCUACCUCACUCGCUUGCUCUCGAUGAAGGGAACGUUGCAGAAGUUUGUGGACGAUGCCUUCCAGGCUGUGCUGAGCGUGAACCGCCCCGUACCCAUCGCCGUCAAGUACCUGUUUGACCUGUUGGACGAGCUGGCCACCCGGCAUGGGGUCACCGAACCUGAGACGCUGCACAUCUGGAAGACCAACAGUUUAUUGCUGCGCUUCUGGGUGAACACCCUCAAGAACCCCCAGUUUAUUUUUGACGUGCGUGUCUCCGACAACGUGGAUGCCAACCUGAGCGUCAUCGCCCAGACGUUCAUCGAUGCCUGCACGACCACCGAGCACAAAGUCGGGAGGGACUCACCAGUCAACAAACUACUCUAUGCCCGGGAAAUCCCACACUACAGACAGAUGGUAGAGAAGUAUUACGCUGAUAUUCGGCAGACCGUUCCCGCCAGCUACCAAGAAAUGAACUCUGCCCUGACAGAACUCUCUGGGAAAUAUUCCUCUGACCUCAACUGCUUGGUUGCCCUGCAAGAACUUUACAACUAUAUCAACAAGUACUACGACCAGAUUAUCAGCGCGCUAGACGAGGACCCGCUUGGCCAGAAGAUGCAGCUGGCCUAUCGCCUGCAACAGAUCGCGGCUCUGGUGGAGAACAAAGUGACCGACUUGUGACACACACACCCGGAGC